UUUAAAUUCACGUGACCAGUUCAUAAAGGUGAUCGGAAACCGAUCAGGAAGUUCCCUGAUGGGACAACAACAGAUUGACGGAGGAGUGUUGUUACCUGGUCAGAGUUUCUUCUAGCUUCUUCUUCAGGUAAAAUGGUGCUGCUGUUGCCAUCAGCUCUUGUCGUAGUUCUUGUUGUCAGCGCAGCAGACGUGACUCUUUGCGCAGGAAUCAACAGAUGUGUUGCCAGAAACCUCGGCCAUGACUCCGUGGUGUGUGAGUGUAAUUCCACCUACUGUGACGGUGUUGGCCCGGUUAGCCUGCCACCUCUAGGUCAGUACUCCACCUACCUGAGCAGCAUGGCAGGCAGCAGGAUGGAGCCAGGCCAGGGUCAAGUCCAGGUCAACAGCACUGGAGCAGGUCUCAGGCUGACGAUUGUUCCCUACCAGAAGUACCAGAGGAUCAAGGGGUUCGGAGGAGCCAUGACGGACGCAGCGGCUAUUAACAUACUUUCUCUCUCUGCUGGCGCACAGGAGCAGCUGCUGCGACAGUAUUUCUCCAAAGAAGGUAUUGGCUAUAGCGUUGUGCGCGUCCCCAUGGCCAGCUGUGACUUCUCCACUCGGCUGUACACCUACGCUGACGCACCCGGGGACUACGACCUGAAAAGCUUCGCUUUGGCCCCUGAGGAUGUGAAGAUGAAGAUCCCUCUGCUGCUGCGUGCCCAGGCUUUGUCCCCUGUCCCACUUUCCCUGCUGGGCAGCGCCUGGAGCGCCCCUGCCUGGAUGAAAACUAAUGGUGCACUCAUAGGAAAGGGCUCCCUGAAGGGCCAGCCAGGGGGCAAGGAGCAUAAAACAUGGUCUCAGUACUAUAUCAGGUUCCUUGAGGAAUAUGCUAAAUAUAACCUAACCUUCUGGGCGCUGACUACAGGAAAUGAGCCCUCUGCAGGACAAAUGACAAACUACAGUUUCCAGGCUCUGGGCUUCACUCCUGAGGAGCAGAGGGACUGGGUGGCUAUGGACUUGGGCCCGGCCCUGCAGUCCUCAGCACACCCACACACACACAUCCUCAUACUGGAUGACAACCGCCUGCUGCUGCCCCACUGGGCCCGAGUGGUUCUCAGUGAUGUUCAUGCAGCACGAUACAUUCACGGCGUGGCGGUGCACUGGUACCUGGACAGUUUCGUCCCUGCAGAGGCGAGCCUGGGAGCCACCCAUCAGCUGUACCCAGAGUACUAUCUGUUUGGCACGGAGGCCUGUGCGGGCUGGAGCUCAGCGGACCGCGGGGUGAAGCUGGGCAGCUGGGACCGGGCAGAGCAGUACGCACAUGACAUCCUAGAGGACUUAAAUCACUACGUUGUGGGCUGGACUGACUGGAACCUGGCACUGGACCAGACUGGUGGGCCAAACUGGGUGAAAAACUUUGUGGACAGCCCCGUCAUAGUGGACGCCAAGCGGGACGUCUUUUACAAACAGCCAACUUUCUACAGCAUGGCCCACUUUAGUGCUUUCCUGUGGGAGGGGUCCCAGAGAGUGGGAGUGUCUGCUAGUGGAAAGACACAGCUUGAGUUCUCCGCCUUCGUCAGACCAGACGGCUCUGUGGUUCUCAUCGUUCUCAACAGGUCACCAUCAGCCAUUCAGUUUGAGGUGUGGGAUCCGGCUGUGGGUUAUAUUCCCUGCACCGCGCAGGCCCAUUCGCUGCUCACGGUGGCUUGGAACACACACUGAGAUUUAACAAUGACGCACUUUAAAGUUUCUCUGAGCACUGCAGACACAAAACCAACCAUUUAUAAAUCGCAUCAAACUGUUAUGUCUUCAUUAGGGUCCGCACCACUUACAUGCCGGCACACUUAGCAGCUUAAGAAAAGGGUUCCCCUUUUUAUGUUGGAUAAUAUAAUUUAAGAAUAUGCUGAAUCUGUUUGUGACAAAAUCUCCAGACAGUAUGUAUGCAAAUGAUUUGGUCUAGUUUUCAUUUUUGAGUAUUUCCUAAAGAAAUCGGAAAACAGCACUGGAAAAGAUCUAAUUUCGUCACGACUUUAUGUCGUCAUAUUUUCAUUUGUUUAUUCUCACAAUCCUGCUAACUUGAGAUGUUGCAACGCUAUGAGUAGAGGCCACUACUCACCCGCCCAGCCAAUGUUUACAUGUAGAGAUUAAUUGCUUUUGAAGAUUUGAUACGGGGCCACUCAGGGUUUAAAAUGGGAGCAGUUUGAGUUUCAGAUGUGUUGCAUCUGUUGAACUGGAUUUCUUUUUCCAGUUAGGACCUACAUCUGACCCCUUUGUCAGUUUUGCUGAUAAAGGCUGUUUCUCGUCAAGUGGAUCUCAUUCAGCAAGACUGUUUACCUUUCACCUUGGCUGUUUGGUGAAGCAACCCAGGCAGUGAGGUGAUUGGGGACGAUCCACAUAAAAGGUGUCAGUUUUAAACCCAAGCUAAUAGGCUAUAAGCUUAUCUUUAAAUUGGACAUCAAUUAUAAUGAUGUCCUACAUCUACUAAUACAUGUAGAGAUUACAUGUAUCUCUUUAAUAAUAAGUUAUUAUUAGUCCUAAUAACUAAUAGGACUAAUAAUGAGACUAAUAGGACUAGUUAUUAAGUUAAUAAUAGCUUAACUUAAGUUAUUAAUAAUAACUUAUUAGUUAUAAUAGUUAUUAUAACUAAUAACUAUUAAUUAGGACUAUAAGUAACUAAGUAACUAUUUAUUACUAAUAGUUAUUAGGACUUAUAAGUCCUAAUAAUAAAUCUACAAAUAACUGCAGUCCAGCAAACACAGCUUUCAUAUGGGUUAAGGUUUGUAAAAACUCCAAGAUGGGUUCACAAAUCAAAUGGCAAAGUAUGAACAU